ACGCAGCUCAGAAAGAACACAGUGUAGCCGCCGCCGCCGCUGCUGCUAGGGUUUAACGAAGAUGGCCGCCGCCGCCGCCGCCGGAGCCCGGAGGCUCCUGUCUCGACGCGCGUCCUCCUCCGCCUCCUCCAUAUCCUCCCUUCUCCGCCGCGGCCCGUGCGUGGCAGCGGCAGUACAUGAGCCGCUGCUGCGCCCGGCGGUCGUGGCCCCCCGCCUCGGCUUCCUCCGCGGGAUGGCGCGGCGGCCGGGCGGCGACGGGUACUCCCCGACGCGGUCCGGCGGCGGAGGAGGAGGGGAACGCGCGCCCACGGAGAUGGCGCCGCUGUUCCCCGGGUGCGACUACGAGCACUGGCUCAUCGUCAUGGACAAGCCCGGCGGGGAGGGCGCCACCAAGCAGCAGAUGAUCGACUGCUACAUCCAGACCCUCGCCAAGAUCCUCGGAAGCGAGGAGGAGGCCAAGAAGAAGAUUUACAAUGUCUCGUGUGAGCGAUACUUCGGUUUCGGGUGUGAGAUUGAUGAGGAGACAUCCAACAAGCUGGAAGGCAUUCCUGGUGUUCUGUUUGUGCUGCCCGAUUCAUAUGUUGAUCCUGAGAACAAGGACUAUGGAGCUGAGCUUUUUGUUAAUGGAGAGAUUGUCCAGAGGUCUCCGGAGAGGCAGAGAAGGGUGGAGCCUGUGCCUCAGAGAGCAUCAAAUAGGCCUAGGUACAACGACAGGACCCGCUAUGCUCGGAGGAUGGAGAACCAACAACGGUGAUGAGCUGAGGUUAUCAAUCAAAGACUAAAUAACAAACCCCGGUGGCUUCCCUGUCCGAAUUAAAAUGAUAAACAUCAUCUACGGAAUAGAAAAACUGCAUGUUACUGUAUGUCGUGCCAACACCUGGUGUUUCUAUGCUUCUUGUUGGCGUUUAUACAUCUUGGAUGUUUCGAACUCUACUAGUAGUUAUUAGAGAGAGCUUGGAAGUUCCUGGCUUGCUUGGAAUUGUGUCGGAGUAACUCUGCAGCCAUUUGCACCUGUAAAUCGUUGUUUGAUGCUUAAACUGUGACUUUCUCAAUUCUCAGUUACCUAAAAAUGCAUGUUAGGAAUAAAAUCACGCUCUUCAAAGUAUGAAAUGCAACUUUUGUUUUGUA